AUGCAAAUAUACUCUGCCGUUCCAGGGGAUGAAGGGCUCUUGGGUGAGGCGGACUCAAACGAUUCGACCGUCGGGGUGGGCAUUGGAGUCCACCGACAAGACUUUCUUCACAUGCUUGCAGAGUCGGCGGUCGCACAAGGUAUAGACAUUUAUUGGGAACGGAAGGUGGUCGAUGUGCAUUGCCACGACGAGUCGGUCGAUGUUGUUCUCGAAGGCGGACACGUCGAUACAGCCACUUUCGUUGUGGGUUGCGACGGUCUUCAUAGUGUAACUCGUACUUCGCUUUUUGGAAAGGAAGAAGCGUCAUUUACGGGCUUGGUGCAGACCGGGGGAUUCUCCAAACGACCCGCACCCUUCAGUGAGGUCCCUUCCAUCGUCAACUUCCUCGGUGUAGGAGCGCACAUCAUCACGUAUCAGAUUUCGGAGACGCAUUAUGGCUGGGCUGUUACACGACGUGAGGCAGAAAUGCGGGAAACGUGGCGCAAUGUGGAUAAUUCCACGUUGAAGCAGUUGAGAACAGACGAGUGUUCCCAGUGGAAAUUUGGAGCAGGGGACCUCAUUAAAACCUCGGAGAGAAUCGUGAAGUUCGGGUUGUACGACCGCCCGCAGCUACAAACUUGGCAUCAAGGUAGAGUGGUUCUUGUUGGUGAUGCGGCGCAUCCAACUAGUCCACAUUUGGGACAAGGUGCAAAUCAAGCCCUCGAAGAUGUCUACCACCUCGUCCGUUGCUUGGUAAAGCAUAAUACUGACACAAAUGUGCCAUCCACUGCCACCUUAGAGUCCGCAUUCAACGAGUACGAAGCGAUUCGCAUACCAAGGACCACUGCCCUUGUUCAGAAAGCAAGAGCAGCUGGAGAAGCCCGAGUUAUCAAAAGACUAGAGGCAUGCUUGGAGAGAAACGACAAAACCAGGAUGCUCUGGCAAAAUAAAGAGGAGGCACUGCGCGAUUUUGAAGAAAACAGGGCUGGUCCGUAUUCCGGGGUGAGCGAAAUAUGA